ACGCAAUCAGUAAGCGACGGCAAACUAAUGAGAUGGAUUGUUUGAUCACACAAGUGAGAGUUGUUUGUUAUCGCUGAAACUUGUUUGACGAUUGCAGAAAUGUGCUUCUUCCUUGGCUUGUAAGGGGUAACUCCUGAGAAGGACCUCCAUUCGCCACCCUCUAAGACUUCAGUCUGAAACUGUCAACUACCUGGCCAGCCAGGGUGCAGGUUAGCUGGGCGAUAUGGGCAAAAAUAUUGCAAAAAAUUGCCUGAAUUGGUGCGAUAUCGAUAAGUAGAACGAUACAUUUAUAACAUUAAUGUGCACCACAGUUUUGUUUAUUUUUAUACCCUUUAAAGUACUAUGUACUAUGGUUGUAGCCAUCAAUUGUCCCAUUAACAAUCACCCAUAUUUGCACAUUUAUUUCACUUCAAACUUAACAUUUCUCAUGUGCUUAAUGAAUGAUGUCAGCAAAAUGCCUGCGGUAAGUGAUCAGUAUGGUCGGUGGCGAUAAUUUUCUGUUUAUCAUCCCAGCUCUAGUCCAGGGUCCUUAUCCACCCACAACUCAGGUAGAAAGUCCAUCUACUGGGGGGUCCCUGGUUCAGUGCCCCUGAGGGCUGGGACCAGCACUCUGGGCCAGAAGCAGCUGUGAAGGGAUGGGGUAGUAGCUGAGGACAGAGCCAUGGUUCAUAACGUCUCAGUCCCCCAAACACCACCUCCGGCACUGGUGGGCACCAAUGGCCGCUCCUCUGGGAGGAAGAGGACACCCAAGGCAUGUGACUGCUGUGGGCCAAACUCUAAGCACCACAAUGGGAAGGACCCACCUGGGAAGACUCCAGGUGGCAAGCCCAGACAACGCAGGGCCCAUCUGGGGAAGGGAAGGGGCCAGGCCCUGGGGGAGACCCCCAAGAGGACGGGUGGUCACCACUCUUCUGAGAAGACCCAGAUGACAGAGGAGCAGGUAACAGCCAUCCGACAGCUGGCGAACGACUCAGUUGUGGAGGAGGUAACCAACUCCGUGGCUCCAUUUGUAACCAGCUCUGUCGGUCAACCUGUAAUGAAUGUUGUGGCUCAACUUGUAAACAACUCUGUCAGUCAACCUCAACCUUUAACGGACUCUAUGGGUCAACCCUUAAUGAACUCUAUCGGUCAGAAGUUAACGUACACUGUGGUUAAACUGGUGACCAAGUCUGUGGUUCAACCAGUAACAAACUCUGUGGUUCAACCUAUAAUGAAGGCUGUGGUUGAGCAUGUUCCUGAUUCAGAGAUGGAGCAGGAGAAUGGUUGUGGUUUAGACAAACAGCCGGUAACCGACUCUAACACGGAGGUCAUGAAGCAGCCCCAGGCUGGUGACGCAGCUGUAUCCCUUUCCAACGGUACAUUGGCUGUGCCCAACGAGGAACCAACAGACUGUAGCGCCCCUAUGGAGGUGGAACCAUCAGCCACAGCCUGUGUUUCCCCAGGCAUUAUGUUAUGCAGCACCCUCCACCCCUUCGCUCUGUGGGACCACAGAGAUUACUGUGAGGUGGGAGUGUGGGCUCCAAGCCCUGAGCCAGAGGAGGACUGUGUCUCAAACCCAGCACAGCAACCCAACCCUGAAGACAACAUCCAUGAAGUAAUCAUAGACCUUAUACAUGAGUUCCUGGCGUUCUUCUAUGUGAAGUACGGGAGCUUUAUCCCCCUCAGUGAGACUGACGUCCUGGAGCAUCUGAAGAACAAGUGUAACACUGACCUCCAUGACAAGAAGCUAAACAUCCACUCAGAAAUGAUGAAGUAUAAAGCGGGUCUCGCCUCCACCCCUAUGAAGUGCUUCAAAGUGGACUACAACAAGCACACUCUGACCCUGGAGGACCUGUCCACACUGGAUGACCAAAACUGGGUCAACGACCAGGUGAUAAACAUGUAUGGAGAAUUGAUCAUGGAUGCUACACAGAACAAGGUUCAUUUCUUCAACAGCUUUUUCCACAGGCAGCUGGUGGCCAAAGGCUACGAAGGGGUUAAGAGAUGGACCAAAAAGGUGGAUCUGUUUUCUAAGAGGCUGUUGUUGAUUCCUAUCCACCUAGAGAUUCACUGGUCCCUGAUCACAGUGGACAUAGCCAACCACCACAUCCACUAUUAUGACUCCCAGGGCAUCGUCUUCAAAUACACCAUGGAGAACAUCCUGACUUAUAUCCUGUCUGAGGCCGAGGAGAAGAAACAAACUGCAUAUCAGAAAGGCUGGAAGACUAUUAUAAGCAAGGGUAUUCCUCAACAGAAGAACGACAGUGACUGUGGAGUCUUCAUCUUGGAGUACUGUAAGUGCCUGGCAUUGAAAGAGCCGCUGCAGUUCACACAGGAGGACAUGCCCAAAGUCCGCAAGAGGAUUUACAAAGAGCUCUGUGACUGUAAACUGAAUGACUGAUCAACCGCAGUGUCCCAGCUCUAGAGAGAGUACACCUGCCUUUCCACUGGACUGUGGGCUUUAACGACUGUUUGACCCUUAUUGUGGAAGGGCCGUUAAUAUUUUAAAACAUGACGAGCCAAGAAGCUGAAUGAAGCGCAGUGGAAACUGGACACGUUGUUUGAUUAACGACACAGAGACGGUGAAAACAACCAUCUGUCCUUCAGUAGAGGUCCAGCGUUGGACUUGUUUUUAUAUUCCUUGAUAAUUAGAGGCACUUUUGAAUUUCUUUUGAGUUGACGUCCACAAAGUUUCCACUGCUGACUGGCUGACCUGACUGGCUGACUGACCUGGAGCCAACUCUGCUGGUAGGUUUGAGACCGGUAAUGGACCUAUCCGUGUUUAUAACACGUUUCCUAGCUUCAGUUCUUAAACUGUAAACAGGAGAUUAUAUGGGACAGUAGGUGAAACUUGAAGGUUCUUGUUUUAUAUCAUGUAGUGUCUGCCUGACUAGUGAGGUAGAGAACAAUAACUCAUCGAAGGCUAACGUUUAACUGAAUAUACUGUUUUAAUGUUACUUAAUCUCGAACCGCUUCUUAGUUCUUGAGAAACUCCACGUUUUGGCAUCACAAACAGCAGUUUGUUAUCAGGGAGUUAGUUAUGAUGCUCCACUCAGAAUGGCUUCAUGAAAACGCACACCUCUUCCUGCUUCUGUUGAAAAUAUGCUGUUUAAACAAUAAGUGUAUUUUGACAUUUUAGUGUACUGAGAAAGAAUUUAAUGCUACUGCUGUAGAACCGUUUCUAAGCCUUUUAUUGUAUGAGGGGCCCGGCCCACUAUGGUCAUCUUCCUCAUUGGAGGAUCACCCAUCUGAGGGUGCUGGUCCACUAUGGUCAUCUUCCUCAUGAGGAUCACCCAUCUGAGGGUGCUGGUCCACAGACAGUUUGUAAUUGAGAAAAUGCUGCUGUAGAAAUUGCUGAAUCCCAUCUAUACUAUCUGUCAUUAAUGCACAUUUGAGCCCAGUGUAUACCUGGUGCUAACAUAUGCCUUUUGUGUUGUCCACAUUUUUAAGACCGGUGUAGAUGAUUAAAAUGUCUGGAUAUCAAUCAAGUGUGAACAGAUCUGGAUGUUCAAAACCAUUUAGCAUCAGUAAUUCUCCUUAAAUAAAUAACUUUCUAUAAUGGGUA